AUGACUAUUUGCUAUGUUAGUCUUCAUGCAAUGAGAAUAAUUUUCUUGCUACAAAUGAUUACUACUUCUGUAAAACCACUCUCAUUUGAUUACCAAGGCUUUAAAUAUGAUGAUGUGAAGCCAGAAGGAGAUGCUUCUUUGUUAUAUUCAUACAUCCAACUUACUUCAACCUCAAGGUACCAAACCAAUACUUACAGUGUCGGGCGAGUCACGUGUUUCGAGCCAUUACAACUAUGGGACAAGACCUCAAGAAAACUCACUGAUUUCACUACUAAAUUUUCCUUUGUAAUUUACUCAAACAAGACUAAUUUUGGAGAUGGAUUAGCAUUUUUCUUCGCAGAUCCGGAACUUCCACUACCUGAACAUAUGCAAGAAGGAGGUGGUCUUGGUCUUGUGGAUAAAUAUCAAAUAAUGAAUUCUACUAAAUAUUCAUUUCUAGCAGUGGAGUUUGACACUCACCAAAAUUCUUGGGAUCCAUCAGGCAUGCAUGUAGGUAUAAAUUUCAACUCUAUGAUGUCUAUAAAAACUAAACCAUGGUCGAUUGAUAUUAGUAAUAAGACGGCUUAUUACGAUUGUAAAAUUCAGUACAAUUCAAGUGCUCAUAAUUUGAAAGUUUCUUACACUGGUAGCAUAAUCAAUGGUAAGCCAAAAAAAAGUUACCUCUCAUAUAAUGUUGAUUUAAGAGAUUACCUACCUGAGAAGGUUAUUUUUGGCUUCUCAGCUGCUACAGGAGUUGUGUUUGAGAUGAAUACAUUAAUGUCAUGGUCAUUCAAUUCAAGUUUACAAAUUCAUGAUGUGAAAGUGUCCUCUCCAAUCUCAACAAAUCCUAGUCCUUCACCAAUUCACAAUAGUCCUAAAAUAGAUAGCAACAAAUAUACUACUAUUUGGGUAGGGCUAGGAGUUGGUGUAGGUAUUGCAUCAAUUUUCCUUAUUUUAGGAUGGUUUUGUAUUUUAAUGUGGAAAAAGGAUAAAGGGAAAAAAGAAGAUUCAAUUUUUGAUCUAAAAAUGGAUGAUGAAUUUCUAAAGGGAUCUGGACCUAAAAGGUUUUGCUAUAAUAAACUAGUGAGUGCAACAAAUAACUUUGAAGAAACACAGAAGAUAGGACAAGGUGGUUUCGGCGGUGUUUAUAAAGGCUAUUUAAAAGACAUAGAUACCAAUGUUGCCAUAAAGAGGAUAUCGAGAGAGUCGAAACAAGGGAUUAAGGAAUAUGCAACUGAAGUGAAGAUCAUUAGUCAACUUAGGCAUAGGAAUUUAGUUCAAUUAAUUGGUUGGUGUCACAUGAAAAAAGACUUUCUUCUUAUAUAUGAAUUCAUGCAAAAUGGUAGCUUAGAUUCUCAUCUAUACCGCGGAAAAAGCUUAUUGACAUGGCCUAUGAGGUACAACAUUGCUAUGGACUUGGCUUCGGCAUUGUUGUAUCUUCACGAAGAAUGGGAACAAUGUGUAAUUCAUAGAGACAUAAAAUCCAGCAACAUUAUGUUAGACUAUAAUUUCAAUGCUAAACUUGGUGAUUUCGGGAUGGCUAGGUUGGUGGAUCACGAGAAAGAAUCACAAAGUACUACGAUAAUAGCCGGGACUAUGGGGUAUAUAGCUCCUGAAUAUUACACAACAGGGAAAGCUACUAAGGAAUCUGAUAUAUAUAGUUUUGGUAUUGUUUCAUUGGAGUUAGCUAGUGGAAGAAAACCAAUUGAUCUUAAUGCUAAGGAGGAUCAAGUGACAAUAUUCGAUUGGGUUCGAGAGCUUUAUCGAUUAGGUAGGUUCCUUGAAGUAGUCGACACAAAACUUGAGGGUGGAUUCGAUGACGAACAAAUGGAACGUUUAGUGGUUAUUGGUCUUUGGUGUGCAAAUCCAAAUUAUUCAUUUAGGCCAUCUGCAAGACAAGUGAUUCAGGUGCUUAAAUUUGAAGCUCCUUUGCCAAUUCUACAACAUAUGAUGUUAGAGUCAAUAUACUCUCCUAAAACAAUGAACACAAUUUUUGGUCCAGUUUCUUCUUCUUUUGUGGAGGAUGAUUUUGAUGUACAUAAAGUUACUAGAUAG